CUUCACCCCAGAGGGGCCGUGUCCUGGUGAGGGGUCCCUGGAUACCCAGCCCCCACGCCCCAUCCCAGAGGGGCCGCGUCCCAGCACCGCCUGUGCGAAAAGCCCCAUCUAUCCUGAUCAGUCUGUUCAUUUUGUUUCUCGCAGAUUUUCGUUUGGGUUCUGGGGGCCGGUGAGUGAGUGUGAUUGGCAGGGGGGAGGGGCGUUUGCACGUGCAGGACACGUGUGUGUGUCUGGUGCCCAAGCGAGGGGCUGUGUUUGGAAGUGCGUGCGGGUUGGCGGUUCCCUGGGGCCAGAGGGAGCUGGUGUGAAUGAGUGUGCGAGCGAGUGCUCAGGUGCAGGCCGUUCCCGUGUCAGUGUGCGUGGCCCCAGCCCCCGCCUGCCCGCCCGCCCGCCAUGGACAAGGUGAAGCCGGAGGAGGAGGGGACGAGCCCCGGGGAGCUCUGCCUGGGGGGUCUGUCAGAGGAGCCCCCCGCCCGCCCGGCCUGGAGUAGCAAGGCUGAAUACAUCCUGGCGCAGGUCGGCUUCUCCGUGGGGCUCGGCAACAUCUGGCGCUUCCCCUACCUGUGCCACCAGAACGGGGGAGGAGCCUUCAUCCUCCUCUACCUCCUGAUCCUCCUGGUGGUGGGGAUCCCCCUCUUCUUCCUAGAGCUGGUGGCUGGGCAGAGCAUCCGCCAGGGCAGCAUCGGGGUCUGGCAGCACUUCAGCCCCCGCCUGGUUGGCAUCGGCUUCGCCAGCUGCGUGGUCUGCGGAUUUGUUUCUCUCUAUUACAACGUGAUCAUCGCCUGGAGCCUCUUCUACCUCAGCAACUCCUUGCGUGGCAUCCUGCCCUGGGCCAGCUGCCCCCUCCGCGCCAACCACAGCCAGCCAGAACCCGAAUUCGUGCCAGAGCUCCCCACCACCUAACUACGGUACCGGGAGGCGCUGGACGUGAGCGAGUCGAUCGGUGCCAGCGGGGGGGUGAAGCUGGCCCUGGCCGGCUGCCUGCUGGGCGCCUGGGCCCUGGUCUGCGGCGCCCUCAUCGGGGCAUCAAGUCCUCGGGUGCUGUAUUUCAGCUCCCUCUUUCCCUACGUGGUGCUGCUCUGCUUCCUGGUGCGGGGGCUGCUGCUGGACGGGGCGGCUGACGGCAUCCGCAUCAUGUUCACCCCCCAGCUGGCGGUCUGGGGCAACAUGCAGGUCUGGCGCCAGGCAGCCACCCAGGUCUUCUUCUCGCUGGGGCUGGGCUUCGGGAGCGUCAUCGCCUACUCCAGCUACAACCCGCGGCACAACGACUGUCACGCCGACGGGCUGCUGGUGGCCACCAUCAACUUCCUCACCUCACUGCUGGCCACGCUGGUCGUCUUCGCCGUGCUGGGCUUCCGGGCCACUGCCAUCGCCAGGGCCUGCGUGGCAAGGAACAUGGAGGUGCUGACCCAGCUGCUGGGGACUGGAACCCUGCCCAUCCUGGAGCUGCCCACCCUGGACCCGGCGGCGUUGUCCCCCCCCCAGUACAGCGCCUGGUACCACAGGCUGCACGCCGAGCUGGGCACCACGCUGCAGGGACAUGGUGUCACCGACUGCCGGCUGGAGGACGAGAUGAAUAAGGGUGUGGAGGGCACCGGCCUGGCCUUCAUCACCUUCACGGAGGCCAUGACCCUGUUCCCGGCCUCCCCUUUCUGGUCUGUCCUCUUCUUCCUCAUGCUGCUGACCCUGGGUCUGAGCACCAUGCUGGGCAACAUGCAGGGCAUCCUCACCCCCCUGCUGGACCGCUACCCACUCCUGCAGCGCCGCGCCACCCUCUUCACCGUGCUGUGCUGUGCCGGCGGGUCUGCUGGGCUGAUGUUUGUGCAGCGCUCGGGAGUCUACUUCUGUACUCCAAUGUUCGAUGACUAUUCGGCCACCCUGCCCCUGGUGCCGUCGUGGCCUGAGGCCGUGUCUCGUAGCCUGGGUCUUAGGGGCGGACAGGUUCGGCCAGAAGGUGGAGACCAUGCUGGGCUGGCCGGCCCUGGCGGAUUGGGCUGGCGGCCCUGA